AUGUCUGUGACUGUUCGACCAGCUAUCGAAACCGACCUGCCACAAAUCCAUGCAAUAUUCGAGCACUAUGUACUGAACACCGUAGUGUCUUUUCUUGUCCAGAAGCCUCCAGCUAAUUAUAUUGCAUCUCGCUUCAAAGAGUCCACUAACCGCAAUUUGCCAUAUUUGGUGGCGGUCGACGAGGAAAACCGUGUGGUGGGCUACUCGUAUGCGUCCGCCUUUCGAGGAUUCAUGCUGGGUUAUGGACAUUCCGUGGAAGUCAGUUUAUUUUGUCACCCCGAGCAUCGGGACAAGGGCAUCGGCAGUCAAAUGCUGAAAGAGCUUCUCAGCGCCCUUCGUAAGACCAAACAUGUUACCAAGGAGGCCGGCCACGAAGACAACCCAGUCGAGUGUGAUGUUAAGAAAGUCUUCGCCGUCAUGGCUGUGGAUGAGGAUGCUCCUGGACAAGGACUCGCGUUAAGAGAUUGGUACAGACGUUGGGGGUUUGAGGAAGUCGGAAGACUCAAAGGUGUUGGAUACAAGAAAGGCAGAAUGAUUGACACUAUGUACAUGGAGCUACAUUUACAAUAG